GACCUUUUGGCUAGCUAGCUUGAAUGACUAUUUCCCUAGACACUUUGCCAAACAAAACGAUCAGACGAAGGUCCAUCCAUAGGGAAUGCGUUCUAUAGUUCCCCAAAUGCAUAGGAAUGUUUAGUCUUGAUCGUGUGUUUCUCCCGGAGCAAUGUCUUAGGCGAACUUUAGUAAAAACAGUUUGUGAUAUUUUCUUGAGUAGAAGCUCUUUAGUCAACUAACGAAUGAUGUCAAUGUAACUGUCGUAUGGUAGUGUGUGAAACACACCGUUAAUUAUCGAAACAAAUUAUAUUUGUAUAGUUUGUUGCUAGACUUCUUUUGUUUCCCGAAAUCCGCGGUAGGUCAUGGCGGGUAGGAACAACAUUUCCCUUGCUCCUCUAUGUUGCCACGUGUCCACCCGGGGCGUCUUCAUUACGCCGAUUCUGUUGCAAAACGUUUCUUAAACGGAAGGGAACGGGACUGGACCUACCCGAAUGUGUCCAAUAUAAACACUCGUUUGUAGCUGUAAAACUGUUUACAACAGUUUGGACUAAUUAUUACACCCCUGCUAGACAGCUCACUAGUCAUUAGCCAGCGUCAAGCUAAAGCUUUGCCAAUGUAACAAGAAAAUGGACACGGAAUGUCAGUAACCAAAGGCAUAUUGUGACAUUUCGAGGAAAAAUAUGACAAAAAUAUCAGUUGGACAUCGAAAUCUGACUGCAAAGGAGAGAGCCAGGAAGAAUGGGGAAGUUCGAUUGUAGAAUCACGACAACAACAUUCUCUUGUUUCACGAGUAGCUAGCUAACUUCUGUGCAACCUUGAAGCUGUUGUCAUUUGCAACUUUGAAAAUGAUGUAUUCAUCAAGAAGAAAACCAGUCCUCUAUUUCAAAGAAGACAGAAGAAAUGAAACACCAAAAGCACCUCGCCCAGAAGAGUGUAAUCAAUUCUGUUCUGGGAAAUGCACAGUAUACAAACUAUUUGGUCUGUGUGUGGUGCUGGUACUGGUCUCCCUCCUAUGGCUCCAACUCAGCUGUACAGGAGACAUGAGCCGGGUUGUAGUGGAUGACAGACGCCUCCUCCAUCAGCCCUGUCCGCUGGAGAGACAGGCAUCCGCUGCGGACGACCCUUCCUGGGGUCCUCACAAGCUGGCCCUCCUGAUACCUUUCAGGGAGAGGUUUGAGGAGCUGCUGGUGUUUGUCCCCUUCAUGCACACCUUCUUGAACAACAAGAAAAUACUGCAUAAGAUCUUUGUAAUCAACCAGAUGGAUCACUAUCGGUUCAAUAGAGCCUCUCUCAUUAACGUUGGUUACACGGAGAGUGGUAACGACACUGAUUACAUCGCCAUGCAUGAUGUGGACUUGUUACCUCUGAAUGAAGCUCUGGACUAUGGUUUCCCAGAGGAGGGCCCGUUCCAUGUGGCCUCACCAGAGCUGCACCCCCUGUAUCACUACAAGGCAUACGUGGGAGGAAUCCUACUGCUUACCAAACAGCAUUAUCACAUGUGCAACGGCAUGUCCAACCGGUUCUGGGGAUGGGGGAGAGAAGACGAUGAAUUCUACAGGAGACUAAGAACUGCUGGAUUACGGCUCUUCAGGCCCAGUGGGAUAAAAACAGGGUAUAAAACCUUUCGCCACAUCCAUGACCCUGCCUGGAGGAAGAGAGACCAGAAGAGAGUGGCUGCACAGAAACAGGAACAAUUCAAGGUUGACCCUGAGGGCGGGCUGACUAACUUGCAGUACAAGCUGGAGUCGAGACAGGAGCUGACUAUUAGUGGAGCCCCUGUCACUGUCCUCAACACCAAACUGGAGUGUGACACAGACAAGACUCCCUGGUGUCUGUUGAACUAAGAUGGCCCCCAUGAUAGACUUAUGCUGCCUCUCAUCUGGGUUAUGUUCAUUAUCUACCAAACGGAAUAAAACAGACUAAAACAGGGAGGGACUACCUGAGCUUCUCCAAUGAGAAACACUUGUUUUUGUGUGCCCUAAUGAAUAUGACCCCGGUGCUACAGAGGGGUGCUGUUAACCCCUGCUUACUGUGCUACUUCGGGACAGUUUCUGGUCCUGAGGACAUGGCUAAAACAAACAACCGCACCAGGAGACAUGGGUACCAUAUUCUGUCUGGUCCAGAGAAGAGCCGUUGACCUUUGAACCCAGCAACGCCUUCCCUCAUUGGAGAGAUGGAAUGUAUUUAUAAACUAGCUAAAUUAUGAUGUCUUUUAGAACUGCGGCAUAGCCGUCUGACUUGCAUUCAGAACUGUGAGUGACUGGAUCUCAAGCAGGCCUAACUUCAGGGUCUUUUAAACUACAGACACUUUGCCAAUAUUGAUGACACACAAAAGGAAAGGUGUACUGAAAUCAUAAGCAAAGGCCUUUGUGUCUGUUUAUCCAGGUGACCGACCAGGACCAACCCUGCUUAGCUUCAGAGGCCAACCAGCAGUGGGAUGUUGGGUGGUCUGGCUCCUGGGUGUGGUACUAGUGGACCAUUGCCUGUCUUUCAGUUGAAGUCUGCUAUACUGUCUGGAUGAAUGUCUUAUCAUCAGAGUUAGUUUGCUAUGAAAGGGUUUUCUUUCUGACCUUGUGAUGCACCGGGAUUGGCAUGCCACCUCCAUGGUACAUAGCGCUGUAUUCUCAUCCGGUAUCCAUUGUGUCCCAUCAUGUACUCAACUAGUAGUGAGUUGAGUAUCAGAGUGCCCUUUUGGGUUUGUUGUUGAUGGUAAAAUCAGCUUUUAAGGUUUACAGUUGUGCUUUAGAAAGUUUUCAGGGAACGACUAGAUAUUAUGAAAGUAUGUUUAGGUAAUGUCAAGCACAUGUUACAACAGUUUGGCCAUAUACCAUACUGCUGUAAUGUCAAGCGUAUGUUACAACAGUUUGGCCAUAUACCAUACUGCUGUAAUGUCAAGCAUAUGUUACAACAGUUUGGCCAUAUACCAUACUGCUGUAAUGUCAAGCAUAUGUUACAACAGUUUGGCCAUAUACCAUACUGCUGUAAUGUCAAGCAUAUGUUACAACAGUUUGGCCAUAUACCAUACUGCUGUAAUGUCAAGCACAUGUUACAACAGUUUGGCCAUAUAUCAUACUGCUGUAAUGUCAAGCAUAUGUUACAACAGUUUGGCCAUAUACCAUACUGCUGUAAUGUCAAGCAUAUGUUACAACAGUUUGGCCAUAUAUCAUACUGCUGCAAUGUCUUUCUGAAUGAUUCGACAAGUCAGUGGUACCCGAAAAAUGUAUUUGUACAAUAUUCAGUAUUUAUAUAAAGUUAUGAUUCAAAACCCCGGGAA